AUGAAAAUCACGAAAACUGCCCUUGUUCUUCUGUGUUUGACCUUUAGUUUAGUAUCGACAACCCCCGUAGAAAGGAAGAAGGUCUUAAUUCUGGGAGCUGGGGCAGCGGGAAUCACGGCCGCUAAGACACUUCAUGACAAAGGAAUUUCCGACUUUCUUGUACUGGAGGGGCAAGAUUACAUAGGCGGACGGAUGAAACAAUCUCCAUUUGCAGAUAUGAAAGUGGAGCUAGGUGCAAACUGGAUCCAGUUUGCAGACGAAGAAGACAACCCACUUAUACCACUGAGGAAUAAGCACAACUUGACGGGACAUUUGUCAAACUUCACUGAUGUUCGCGUGAGGUAAUUAGCAUGUUUCUUGUCAAAACUUUCUUUCGUGCACGCGAUCACGCAAACAGUUUAGUCAGUUUAUCCCAGUAUACAGGGCUAAAAUCUCUCACAUGAACACAAGAUACCGAGACAGCCUCUGACAACUAGUCCGCUAUAUAUGAAAAGGCCCAAACUUGAAAAAAAUUCUAAUAAAUGCAUGCUGUGCAUGAUAAAUUGGUCCCUUGAUUUAUUUUAUUACAUCAUUAGUCUCCGUUGUUCAGUUUGCAGAUAACGCGCUCAGAGAACGAAUAACUUGAAAUGAAUAUUACCACCUUGGUAUUUUGUUCCCUUGACUUGUUAUUUCUACAAGAUGCUCCUGCCUCAAACCUCCCAGGAUAAAACACCACGCGACGCGAGUCACGAAACCAAAUGUGAAACAAUAGAAUUCGGGAUAAAGGAGCAUUGGACUCUUACUCACUUGGAAAAAUCUGAUCAUUGCUUUGUCAUUCUUUCUCUUAGAAACGAUUCCGGAGUUGAUGUAACAGACAAUUUAGUAUAUAAAGAGUGGGAAAAGACCAAGGAUAAAUUGUUCAAGAUGGGAGAAGAGAGGGGUGAGAAGGAUGUUCCGCCAAGGGAUAUGCCCGCCUCCACAGGUUUAAAGAUACUUGGCUGGAGGUCUAAUACUCCUCUGAAGAAAACUCUUGCUUGGUUUGACAUCGAUUUUGAAUACGGUGAAAGCGACCAGAAGGUGUCAUUGAACAACAUGGGUUCCCUUGGAGACGACCUUUUUAUUACUGAUCAAAGAGGGAUCUGGACUCUCUUUAGCGAUUUCUAUUCCAGUUUUGCAGACAAAAUAUUACUGAACAAAACAGUAACCACGAUCGAGUACGAUGACAAUGGUGUGGAGGUCGCCACAGCUGGAGGUGAAACCUUUACUGCAGACUACGCUUUGUGUACAUUUGGUAGUGGUGUUUUGAACCGUGGCUCAGUACAAUUCAACCCUCCACUGCCUGGAUGGAAGAAAGAAGCAAUUUAUCGCCUGAGGCCUGUUUACUACACAAAAAUCUUCCUCAAGUUCCCAAGCGAAUUCUGGGGUGAUAGCGAGUGGACAUUACAUGUUUCAAGCCAAAACACAGGACAUUUCCCAGUAUUUUUCGAUCUGGAUCGUGCUGGGUUCUUUCCUGGCUCCAAUUCUUUGUAUACUGUAGUAACUGGAGAUGAAUCUCUAAGAGUGGAAGCACAAGAGGAUUCCAAAACGAUGGAAGAGCUCAUGGAAGUUCUGCGCAACAUGUAUGGACCCAGCAUACCAAAUGCCACAGGUACUGAAAGACGCGUCCAAUUAGACCCUAAUUUGCCGUCUAAUAGGCACUUUUCGUGAAAUAAGAAGCGACUUAGCUAGGAACGUGUCAUCUAACAACAGCCCUUAACACCUGUUGUAAGAUAAGAAGAGAAAGACUUCGUAUAAAUGACUUUUGCGUCUUAUGUAAGACUCGAACUUAUAGUACGCAUGCGUUACUUUAAGAUUGAGCGGUAAAAAAGGUCCCUUCCUUAAAAAUCCAAUUUACGAACGUCUUUCACUUUUCUAGGUCUUCGAACGUUAUGUGUAAGCCUGAAUAGAUUUAUGUCAGUCAACUUUCAAACUAUUUUUUUUUUUUGUUUCCUUCCUCUAUAAGAAAUUGUAGUAAGCAAGUGGACGCAAAACCCAUACGUCUUGGGUUGCUGGACAGACCCAGUCAUUGGCACAGAUUCCUCCGUGUUUGCCAACAUGGCCGGUCGAGUUGAAAACUUGUUCUUCGCUGGUGAGGCUACUCAAGGCGAUUGGUAUGGCUACAUACAGGGGGGUUAUUACAGUGGACUGGAGCGAGCGAAUGACAUUGCUAGUUGUAUUCAAGGCAGGAAGUGCCAACCUUAUGAGCCAGCCACAGGCCUACCCGUAAUCGUUAAAACAAAGGACUGCGUGAAGAGCAAAGCGUCAAAGAUGGCAGUGCUGGAUCUCAUCAGUUUGUUUCUUGGGCUUUUCAUUUUUUGCUGUUUGUAG